GACUACUCACAAGGCCGGAGUUCUGGACCCUGAUGCAUACUCGGUAGUCGGUACGCACGAGUAUUGCACGUGACAAGGCCUGUCACUGUCAGCCAUCUGACGAGGGAAAAAAAACAAGCAACUGAUGACGGCCGCUGCCGUUCGAUUUGAGAGCCACCGAUUAACCCAUCCAUCCACCUCGCCGCCGCCGGAGAGUAUGGUUGAGCGGCGGUACACCGAGGAGGAGGAGGCCCUCGAGAUCAAGUCCCUCCGCCGCAUCAUCGCCGCCUACGCCAACUAUCAAGAUGCUGCAGAAAGGGAUGUCGAGAGAUAUGAGCGGUCAUUCAAAAUGCUUCCUACAGCGCACAAGAAACUUCUUUUCCACCUCGGUCUGAAGUACCAAAGUCUGAGAUGGUGUAUAUCCAUGAAUGCAUCUUUUAUCAUGAAAAUGCUUGAGGCGUUUGAACCUCCUUUUGACAUGAGUCAGUAUGUAGAUGAUGAUGUUCAUGCUCAUCCAUCAAUCUUGCAUGACCAUAGUCAUAUGGAUUGCACUCAUUCCAGCGAGAGGGGUGAUUGCUCUAUAAUUGCUAUCUCCAGAAGCAAUUUAUCAUUGGAUGAGCAGCAUGAUAGUCCCAAAGAAUAUACCAAGAGACAUGAACCUUCAAGAGAAACUGAUAAUAAUAAGGGAGGGGAAGAUCACAUGGCAGGCUGCUCCCAGCCUGUUGGCAACAUGGGGAUGUCUCAAGGUGCAGGCAUUGCAUGUAAUGGUGAUAAAAAUACGGGUGCAGCAGCUUAUUUCCAGGAUAAAGAUGUCUCUGCAUCUUCUGCUAUUGAAAAUGUAGCACUGCGGCACUGCACAGCUUCAUCGCUCAAGUUAAAUGUUCCUCCAAUUGAUGUUGACAAGGUAAGAUGCAUAGUAAGAAAUAUCGUGAGAGAUUGGGGUGAUGAGGGUCAAAAGGAACGUGAUGAGUGCUAUAAGCCCAUUCUUGAGGAGCUUAAUCGCCUUUUUCCUAACCGGAGCGAUCAGAGGCCUCCUUCAUGUCUUGUCCCUGGUGCUGGGCUUGGGAGAUUGGCUCUUGAUAUAUCUUCUCUGGGUUUUGUAAGCCAAGGGAAUGAAUUCUCAUAUUACAUGCUGAUCUGUUCAAAUUUCAUCCUGAACCACACUCAAGAAGCUAAUGAGUGGUCCAUAUAUCCUUGGAUACAUAGCAACUGCAAUUCUCUUUCUGACAACGAUCAACUUCGUCCUGUUUCAUUUCCUGACAUUCAUCCCUCAAGUGCAGGUAUCACAGAGGGAUUUUCAAUGUGCGCUGGGGACUUUGUAGAGGUCUACAGCGAGGAAAGCCAAGAAUCUGCAUGGGAUGCUGUUGUAACUUGCUUUUUCCUGGAUACGGCACACAAUAUCGUUGAAUACAUCGAGAUCAUAUCAAAAGUUCUCAAGGAUGGUGGGGUCUGGAUUAACUUGGGUCCCCUUCUGUAUCACUUUGCUGAUUCAUAUGGGCCAGAUGAUGAUAUGUCUAUUGAAUUAAGUUUGGAAGAUGUGAAAAAGGUUGCUUACCAUUAUGGAUUUACAAUGGAGGUGGAGAAAAUGAUCGAGACUACUUACACUGCAAACAUGAAAGCAAUGAUGCAGAAUCGGUACCGUGCAGCAUUCUGGACAAUGAGGAAAGAUGCGUCUCGGUCAAAAGCUUGUAAGCCUCGUUGAAGUGAAGAUCAUCCAUGGCGGACGAUCAGUUCGUGCCAUCAUUAUUCACUGUUGUAUUCAAACUCCACACAGGCCGUGCCAGACCAAGUUAGAUAGAUAUAUCAGAUGAGCUGCCUGAUUCACAGAAUAUAAUUGGCUUAACAUAGGAAAGGAGGUGCUGAGCCACGCUAGCUAGCUCAUCCUUUUCUCCUAUAUCACAGAUAUUCAAACUGUACUAUGAACUCUGUAAGAAUGAGCAAUAAACUAAGCAGACAGAAGUUAAAAAU